AUGUCACUCUCAGUGCCCGGUCCUGUGCUGAGUCGCCGACUGUCUGCGCAGAGCGGGGUGGUGGGCCGAGCCUGGGGCCUGCCGGCUUCCAGCCUAGCGGGUGGCCAGGCGGGGAGCGCCCCGGGCCUCGGAGCCGGUUGGGCUGGAGGCUUCUCUGCUGCUUCCAUGUUUGGCUCCAGCUCUGGCUUCGGUGGUGGCUCGGGAUGCUCACUGGCAGGGGGCGUGGGCGCCGGUCACGGGGCAACCUUGGGAGGCAGCUUCGGAGGGCUGGGGAUGGUGUUCUGGGGCAGCGCAGGAGAUGGCUCUGCAGGUGUCCUCGGCAGUGGGGACGGAGGCCUUGUUUCUGGGUCAGAAAAAGCCACCAUGCAAAAUCUGAAUGACAGACUGGCAUCCUACCUGGAGAAGGUCCACGCUCUGGAGGUGGCAAACGGUGAGCUGGAGCAGAAAAUACGAGAGUGGUACGACCAACGGGCAACCCGGGACCCCAAGGCCAGGAGUGAUGACAGCAAAUACUACCCGCUGAUCGAAGACCUCAGGAACAAGAUCAUUUCUGGUAGCAUCGGAAAUGCCCAGCUUGUGCUGCAGAUCGACAACGCCAGGCUGGCCGCUGAGGACUUCCGGAUGAAGUACGAGAAUGAGCUGGCCCUGUGCAUGAGCGUGGAGGCCGACAUCAACGGGCUGCGCAGGGUGCUGGAUGAGCUGACCCUGGCCAAGACGGACCUGGAGGUGGAGGUCGAGAGCCUGCAGGAGGAGCUGGCCUUCCUGAAGAAGAACCACGAGGAGGAGCUGCAGAGCUUCGAGGGCCCUGGCGAGGUCAGCGUGAAAAUGGACGCGGCACCAGGAGUGGACCUUACCCAUCUCCUCAACACCAUGAGGGCGACGUACGAGGACUUGGCCGAGCAGAACCGCAAGGAAGCGGAGUCUUGCUUCCUGCAAAAGAGCCAGGAGCUCCAGAAGGAGAUCAGCACCAACUCUGAGCAGCUGCAGUCCGGCCGGAGCGAGGUCACUGACCUGCGGCGCACGCUGCAGAGCCUGGAGAUAGAGCUGCAGUCCCAGCUCACUGUGAAGAAAUCCCUGGAGGACUCACUGGCGGAGACCGAGCACUACUACAGCAGCCAGCUGUCCCAGGUGCAGCAGCUCGUGGACCACCUGGAGGCGCAGCUACAGCAGGUGCACGCUGACGCGGAGCGCCAGGGCGCCGAGCACCAGCGGCUGCUGGACGCCAAGGCCCGGCUGGAGCUGGAGAUUGAGACCUACCGCCGCCUGCUGGACGGGGAGGCCGCGGGUGAUAGCUUGAUCGAGAGCUCAGCGCUAACAGUACCGGACUCCAAAUCCCAGACUCCGUCGAUUGAUUCAUCUAAAGACCCAACUAAAACCCGAAGAAUCAAGACAAUUGUGCAGGAGGAGGUAAACGGGCAGGUGGUCUCGUCUCAAGUCCAGGAAAUCGAAGAAUUGAUGUGAAACUCUCCCCAGAGCUGCCCUGCGACUUGCCCCUUA